AUGGCCAACAACCCGAUACCGUGAGUAUGACCAGUGGCCAUUUUAACACACCUGUCCCUCAAUCCACAUAUUAUUACUAAAUAUGUUUUGUUCACAGUGUUUCUCCUGUUUCAAAUGUUCUUGCACAGCAUGACAAUAACUACAUUGUCCACGAAGUACUCCAAGUUCAGCCAGCCAAAGUACCUGGCUAUUUUGAUUAGUGGAGAAGGGUGCAAAGCAUAAUAAUGUAAUAAAAUGUGAUGUGCAAUUGAUUAAGUGGUUAGUAGUUGGUUGGAGUAUGCCACCUAGGCCCAAACUGUCCUCUAGCUAGCCCAUAUCCCCCUGCAUUUGUUGAGAUUCUAAAGGAUUGGAUACCCUCUGACAUGCUUGGUGGAAAUCUUCCAACAUUGUUUACUUGUCAUUCUUUCAGAUCUCCACAAGUGCAUUUAGGGUAGGGGCUAAGGGUCGAUAUGGAAUUGGGCAAACACCUCCCCAUUGGCACAUCGUUUACCUCAAUAAGUCAAUAUAAAUGUUGUUUUGAACAAAUCUAAAGCUGAAGCUGGUCGAUUUGGAAUUGGGUACACAUAUGCCCCAUUGGCAUGUUGUUAUAAAAAUGUUGUUUUGACCAAAUCUGAAGUUGAGUAUCUCAUGGAGGAUAAUUCUUUGAGAGACUAAGUUUAGUUUUAUUCUUACAUGUUCUAACACAAUAUCCAUCUGGUAAAGUAAAUCAUUGACUUAAUCCAACCAUGGAAUAAUAUUCUUCAAAUAUGAACUGCAUACGACUAAAGGCAUUUACAAUGUAUCGUGUAAACAUUAAUACAAAUAAUACAUUAUUCACUGCAUCAUUCUAACUUUUAUACCACCAUUUAUUUUAUAUUCAUGCAUUUGUUCUGGGGUUCCCGGAGAUGAAUGUUAUUGGUAUUGUGUAGAUUUGCCUUGUCUUACGGUUAGGGGUUGGAAUAAUGUUGACAAUAGUAAGUACCCCUGAUAUCCCAUAUCCGCUCCAUCUCCUCUCUGUCAAGCCUGAUCAGUUUCAACAUGCUUUAUCAAGCUGUUCUGCUUCCCUAAUUCUUCAGCUGCUUAUUGAAACAUGCUACAUUACCUCCAUGUUUUAGAUAAGGAGACUUGUAUGGUGUAGCUGUGUUGAUAAUGUGAUUUAGUAUCGAUGUUUAGAAUGAGCUAGACCUAAACAGGUAUUAAAUGAGAAUGGCAUGUCUUAAUGAGGAUAACUGCUGAGAAUUCCUUUGCCGAAGCACAAUAUUUCCUAUUCUGAUGUAUUCUUUAUUGAAUCAUGUUGGUUUCUUAUGAAGCUUAGCAAAUGGAUUCUCAUGUUUCAUCAUCAUCAUCAUCAUCAUUAUCAUCAUCAUCAUCAUCCUCCUCAUCAUUGUUGUUUUUCUCUUUUUCCUCCAGAAAUCUCCCAUGUGUCCCGAAUGAUUCUAAGUGGUUCACUCCCACAGUGGAUCCUUCUAUCAGCGACAUCUUCAUCAACGGAAACUGGAGCAUGGCCAACCCUUCCCCUAACUGCCAGUGCAGCACUCCUCAGAAGACCACCAUGUUGCCAGAUUGCCCACCUGGAGCCGGUGGGCUGCCUCCCCCUCAGGUUAGUCCACAAUCUGGCAACCCCACGUCUCCCUGUAACAUAACGGUUUACAAUAGCAAUACUAGACCUCUGGCAUGAAAUGUGUGCUGAUCUGGCAACCUGGGUUGGACCUGAAUACUUGUGUUAGCUUUCUGAACUAAUGCCUAAGCUUUAGCUCUGCCAGCUAACAUAGUCUUUUGGCGCUCAAGAGGGCAGGGUUCCAACCCCAGAAAAAAUUGGUGCAGUGACCCAGGUGCAGUGAGGAGGUCAUCAAAGGGGGGUGAAGUGUAACAUAGUUGGUUCAGUGUGUUCUGUCUCUACAGUCCUGCAAUGGCAAUGUAGGAGUUUGAAGUUGAAGUUAUCUUGCCCUCAGAUGUUUCUAUUGUGAAAGCAUGUUUCCUUACUAGGGGUAAUACUGAUUGAAUGCUCUGUCUCCCCUCUAUAAUAUAUCCACCUUACCAAGCAAUCUAGUCAAUCCAACAGGACAAUCAAUACAUUAUGACCAUUAACCAUAUUAACUAUAUUACAAGGGUCAACCAGAGUAUUCAUAUCCAGCACAAAAUAUAUGCCCAUAUGGGAACAUGUAUCCAGUGAAUUUGAACAUUGCUUUAUCACAUCCAUGUUAGUAUUGUCUCAUGUCUUCCUCAAUAGCCUUAUGGCUGGACUUAAGACAAAAAUGUAUGUUGAGAUAAUGCAUCCCACCACUCUUUUUGAUGGCAUCCCAUGAACUCUGGCCUCUCUUAGAUCAACUCUUUUAGCCAAUCCCUCUUGGUGAGUGGGUACAGGUUAGCGCUGAGCUUGCUGAUGUCCACCCCCUCCCCUAAAACGUCCAAGACCUGGGCUUUGUCUGUCUCCUGAAAAUCAAUGGCAAUGUUUUAUAAGCUAUUACCCUAACAUACAUGGCCAAAUGCAGGAGGGCAAAUGUUCCUGAGCUGACCCCCGGAGUCUUAAUCCUGGCUGGGAUCAAUGAGGUGGGAGGUCCCCAUGGUCACCGGGCUUUGGGCUCUUUCCCCCUAGAACCAUUACAUGGCCUAAAUGGAUCACUCCAAUCAUACACUGUAAAACCGGAUAAGUCCUGGGACUUAAAUAGCUGAAGUGAGCUGUACUUCCUUCAUAUGAGUAAUACAAAUGAUAUAUUUUUUUCAACUCUAAAUAAACACUAGUUAAAUUAAAUCAAUAUGGUUAAGUGAACAUGACAAUCUUUUUAAAGUUAAAGUCACUUAAUAAGUAUAUACAGUGAGGGAAAAAAGUAUUUGAUCCCCUGCUGAUUUUGUACGUUUGCCCACUGACAAAGACAUGAUCAGUCUAUAAUUUUAAUGGUAGGUUUAUUUGAACAGUGAGAGACAGAAUAACAACAACAAAAAUCCAGAAAAAACGCAUGUCAAAAAUGUUAUAAAUUGAUUUGCAUUUUAAUGAGAAAAAUAAGUAUUUGACCACUCUGCAAAAUAUGACUUAGUACUUGGUGGCAAAACCCUUGUUGGCAAUCACAGAGGUCAGACGUUUCUUGUAGUUGGCCACCAGGUUUGCACACAUCUCAGGAGGGAUUUUGUCCCACUCAUCUUUGCAGAUCUUCUCCAAGUCAUGAAGGUUUCGAGCCUGACGUUUGGCAACUCAAACCUUCAGCUCCCUCCACAUAUUUUCUAUGGGAUUAAGGUCUGGAGACUGACUAGGCCACGCCAGGACCUUAAUGUGCUUCUUCUUGAGCCACUCCUUUGUUGCCUUGGCUGUGUGUUUUGGGUCAUUGUCAUGCUGGAAUACCCAUCCACAACCCAUUUUCAAUGCCCUGGCUGAGGGAAGGAGGUUCUCACCCAAGAUUUGACGAUACAUAGCCACGUCCAUCGUCCCUUUGAUGCGGUGAAGUUGUCCUGUCCCCUUAGCAGAAAAACAGCCCCAAAGCAUAAUGUUUUCACCUCCAUGUUUGACGGUGGGGAUGGUGUUCUUGGGGUCAUAGGCAGCAUUCCUCCUCCUCCAAACACGGCGAGUUGAGUUGAUGCCAAAGAGCUCGAUUUUGGUCUCAUCUGACCACAACACUUUCACCCAGUUCUCCUCUGAAUCAUUCAGAUGUUCAUUGGCAAACUUCAGACGGGCCUGUAUAUGUGCUUUCUUGAGCAGGGAGACCUUGCGGGCGCUGCAGGAUUUCAGUCCUUCACGGCGUAGUGUGUUACCAAUUGUUUUCUUGGUGGCUAUGGUCCCAGCUGCCUUGAGAUCAUUGACAAGAUCCUCCCGUGCAGUUCUGGGCUGAUUCCUCACCGUUCUCAUGAUCAUUGCAACUCCACGAGGUGAGAUCUUGCAUGGAGCCCCAGGCUGAGGGAGAUUGACAGUUAUUUUGUGUUUCUUCCAUUUGCGAAUAAUCGCACCAACUGUUGUCACCUUCUCACCAAGCUGCUUGGCGAUGGUCUUGUAGCCCAUUCCAGCCUUGUGUAGGUCUACAAUCUUUUCCCUGACAUCAUUGGAUAGCUCUUUGGUCUUGGCCAUGGUGGAGAGUUUGGAAUCAGAUUGAUUGAUUGCUUCUGUGGACAGGUGUCUUUUAUACAGGUAACAAACUGAGAUUAGGAGCACUCCCUUUAAGAGUGUGCUCCUAAUCUCAGCUCGUUACCUAUAUAAAAGACACCUGGGAGCCAGAAAAAUCUUUCUGAUUGAGAGGGGGUCAAAUACUUAUUUCCCUCAUUAAAAUGCAAAUCAAUUUAAUACAUUUUUGACAAGCAUUUUUCUGGAUUUCUUUGUUGUUAUUCUGUCUCUCACUGUUCAAAUAAACCUACCAUUAAGAUUAUAGACUGAUAAUUUCUUUGUCAGUGGGCAAACGUACAAAAUCAGUAGGGGAUCAAAUACUUUUGCAAUCAGUGUCGGUCAGUGACGUUUAAGAUGAGGGAGGAUGAUAAUCUUAUUUCUGUUACAGCAUAUUGGAUGACUGUCAUUCAUAUUCCAUUCACCCAGCUCAAUGUAACAUCAAUAGGUUUAGGCUACUACAUGAUACUCACAUGUUCCCUAUACCCAUCAUGAGGUUGCUACAACCUAACCUAUGAAUGAAAGUUUUCAAAGUAAGUGCACAGGUUAAGAGAAAAAUGUGAGUAAUCAUGGUGACAGACAGUGACACAUUCAGUACUUCCUUGCACACUCUUGCCUGCAUCUAGUUGAUUUAGGGUGUAAUCAUUAGUCCAACAGUUGCAAACGAGAGUUUCAAUUGUCAAAUUCAGGUAUGUAUAUCCCCGCUCCGUUUGCUUCCAUUUAAGAAACGUUUUUCAACAGAAUUGGUGGAAUGAAUACACACCUGAUCACACGCAAACACAAUUCACUUUCAUAGCAGCUCCAUACAAACAGCAUGAUCAUUUUGCUCGUUGUAUAAUUCCUUCUCGCAUCUACGCGCUGUCCUCCUCUCACCUUUUCCCUAUGCUUGUGUUCUUCAGUGCACAACACAUCAGCUGUCUGUGACCAGGUGAAAAAAACCAUGCCAAACCUUCAUAUCAUAACCGCUACACACCGCUUACAUUGUUGUCACGAUAUUAGCUAACGUCAUAGUCAACAUAGCUACUAGAACUAACACGUUAGUGGCGCAGCGGUCUAAGGCACUGCAUCUCAGUGCUAGAGGCGUCACUACAGACCCUGGUUCGAUUCCAGGCUGUAUCACAAUCCGGCCGUGAUUGGGAGUCCCAUAGGGUGGCGCACAAUAGGUCCAGCGUCGUCCGGAUUUGGCCGGGGUAGGCCGUCAUUGUAAAUAAGAAUUUGUUCUUAACUGACUUGCCUAGUUAAAUUAAGGUUAAAUAAAAUGAAUUUUUAAAAAAACGCUACAAUCAUGCAGUACAGUGUACAGUCAGCAAGCAGUUUAGCAGUUACACUGGCGGGCCCCGGUGGCAAUAAAUUAAUAAAACCAAAAGCUUACCUUGACUUGGAAGAGUUCCAGAGUUGGACAGCCAUAGCCAGCUAGCUAACAUAGCAUCCCUCUCUGCUUGAGCCGGGUGUUUGAGUAGGAAUAACUAGCUAGCUGCAUUCUCUAGCUACUGUAAGUGAAAGUGAAAAAAAUACAACAAAAUAUAGCUAGCUCUUUCUCUCUCACUUACUCGCUCUUGCUUCUCCUUCAAUUUGAAAUAAAUUAAUUUGUUCAAAACUGUUCAGGUAUUGUCUUUCUCUUUGAGUUAACUACUCACCUCAUUUUAUGCAGUGCAGUGUAGAAAGAUAAUUACUAGAAUGGACAAAGCUCCUCAGACCAUUUCAAUUUGACUGGAUAGACGGAAGCAGUCAUCGUGUGGGUCAUCAGUCCACUCAAUAUGGCCGCUGGUCCCCUCAAUCACAGAACAUUGACUUGAAUGGGAAAUGCCAUUCUAUGGCUCCUAAACCUUGAAUGGUAAUGAAAAAGCUAGACUUUGAUGGACAGGUGCAUUUUAACUUUUAUUGGAAACGUCUUUUGGUGUUGACUCAAGGUUUGUUCUCUGCCAGUGCAUUCUGGGUUAUUAUUUGAGGUAUGUGAGAUGAGAGAGAGUCUGAGUGAGCCAAGUGAUCUUGGUAACAUAUCAUUCAUAAAGAUGGUAGAUUAAAGUCCAUUACAGGACUAGAGGGAAAUCAUUUAUGUGUGCAUACAUAAUGCUUUUUGUUACAUGCUAGGGUGGUUCAUGCUUGGCUCGUUGACAAUCAUUCAUGUCUUGACAUGAGCUGUUUCUAUUCUACAGGGUUUCAGGAAAUAAAACGUUUUCUAAGAAAAUAUGUUGCACUCCAGCAAAAGGUUUAAUUGAAAUGACAAAAAGUAAAAGUGAAUACAUUUUUAUAAUGAACUCAUGAUCUAAAUCAACCCCGGUUAUAGAGCACACAAGAAGUUAUAAUAAUCUAUAAAGUUUUGGCGCAAAUGAUCAAAACCACUGAAAGUCAGGCAAAGUUUAUUAUACAGUACCCAGUGGUUUGAUUGACUGAUUAUUUUCCUUUUUUUCUUGUUGUCUUGGCAACAUGUAAAUAGAAAGUCAAUAUCCCACAUUUACAUACAAAAACUAAAACCAGUCCUUCGAGUCAUGCUUUUCAAGACACAAACAUCUACGAAUCCCAAUUCUCUGGAUGGGGUUGUCAUGACAUUCACUGUUUUGAUUUUGGGGCUUUGUAUUGACAGCCACAUCGUUUUUCUUCCCUUUGACAAAAUAGACAGGUGGUAUUUCUGUCUAUCAACUCCUUGUUUGAUGUGUCUGUCGAUAUCCCAGCUGGGAGAUAUCUGUGGACUCUCCUUGAGACAGAGGACAAACACACUACUGGUGAGGAGGCUCUGGCGGUUGAUUUGAUAGGUGAUCGACAGAGUUAGUCACCCGCCUGAAUGGUACAUUCAACAGUUGAUCAAAGAUCAAAAUAGAAAAAAGGGUGAUAAAUCAAAUACGGUGGAUGUAUAAAUUGACAUUCUUGUCAGAGAAGAUGUUAGGAGUGACACUUUAUGCCUGCAGCGCUAAGCGAAGGUGUGAUGCCUUUUGACAUGUAUUUGCAGACAGUGUUUCGACUUGCACAGACAGUUUGUGAAAAGUUCCUCCGUUUUCCCCCCUACUUUACCCCUUCCUUUACCCCCUCCUGUUCUUAGAGGAAGUUGAAUGUCUAAGAGGUGGAUAUAGUACUGACACAGUUUCCAAACAAGUAUCCAAAAGCACUGUCUUACAAAUCUGAGAUAAUUUGGUUCUGUGAAGCUUGUGAGGGAGAUGACAGUUUUUUUCUGCUUGGUGUCAUGUUCUGAAGUACAGAUGUAGGAUCUUAAUUUGAUCACCCUGUUGCAGGACAACUUAGUGUAAUUGAGGUUUAAAAAGGCUUCUGAAGUUUGUAAUUUCCACUUUUAAAAUGUCAGACUUGAUUUCCCCUUGUAUCAAAUGUAUGAACUCCUACAAAAAUGUCCAUUAAUUAUAAUCCACAUAAUAAUUCACAUUUCCUCAUGCUGCAUUUUCCUGCUGUAGCAAACUGGCUCGAAUUAAGACCCUACAUCUCAAUCACAUAAACUUGGAAUGAAUAUUUAUGUCUGACUGAAAAGCCUUUGAAUAUUUUUCUAAGAUUGCUAAUUGGGUGUGUUUGACCAAAUUUUUGGCAAAGAGGAACUGUUGGAUUUUCAGAAGAAAAAACAAGCAACUCUUACACACACACACACACACACACAAGAGAGGCUGGAAGUAGCACAUAGUAGACCACAGAGCAGGGCCCCGGAAGCAGGUUAGAGGUUAAAUGCCUUGCUUAAAGGUCCAUUGCCAAUAGGUGGCACCUGAGAUUCUGAUAUUAGCAACCCACACUGCCCAACCUGUGUGUUUGUGCGUGCGUGGGUGUGAAUGCCUGUGCGUAUGUGUGUUAGUGUGUAUACAUUUGUGUGUGCUGAGUCCUCUCAGACAGACAGUAAGAGGCCCUUGAAAGCCAAUGACUUCCCCUGACCGGAGCCCAUGCUGUUUGGUGAAAAUACCCUAUUUAAAGAAGCUCGGCUCAUCCCCAGUCCUCAUCUCUUCCCCCAUCCUUCCGUCCUUCCAAGAGCUCAUUUAUAGCGAUGGACUAUCACAAGACGUUCGCCCUUGACGGAUAUAUAAUGCCUCAUUGAGCUUGUGCGAGCCUCGCUGUGUGCCCCCCCCCCCCCCCCCCCCCCCAUCCUGUGACAAAGCAGGGCCUAUUUGAAGUGGGGGUUGGAAAACGGGUAUUAUGGGAUAUGGAUGGUUGUCGAGACAGUCGGACAAAAGGAGUACCCUUUGUGUGGCCUUUCUUAUUCUGACACAUGGAUGUUUCCGGAUCUCGACGAGGUUGUCAAGGUGUCUUUUUAAAAGGUGCUGUUGGAUACAUGAGUCUCUCUCUCUCUCUCAAUUUUUUUUGUGUGCCACUCCUCCCUUCACAUGGUGUUCAGACAGAGGCAUUCAAUGGUAUUUGGGGGAUGUUGGACCAUAUGAUCCAUGCCUUUAAUGAGCAUGGAAUGUUAAUGCUACGUGUAGGCCUGUUUAACAAGUCAUAACAUCAAUGAUGAAUGUUACAUUUCCUACCAGCAAGACGUGAGACAUCUACUCCAUUCUCCUCUAGCAGAGGUAAAUGACCCAUCAGUUGUAUGACACUAGAAUGCUUUCAUUGUGAUUUGUUGCAUACUGUCCAAAACAGCAGUACUAUUGGAACAUACAGUAUUUUACCCUCAGAUCUUGUACAUCAUUCUGAAGGAAGUUAACAUUCCACACUAUCUGGCAUGCCCUUGUGAGUUCAGAGGAAUAAGCUAUACUACUCUUCAGAUAUGGGAGACACAGGUACAGACAUGAAACAUAUAAAGAUAGAUGCACUUGUCGUGGGAUGAAUCCCACUCCUGCACACACCUGUACACACACACACACACACACAGGCACAUGCACACACUGCACACACUCAGGCAAUGAGCACAUACGCAGACACACACACAUAAAGGCACAUACACAAACAAAGCACACUGCGUAGGCACACACACACACACAAACACACACACACACACAACACACACACACACAACACACACACACACCAACUCAGUGUUCAUUUAUCAAACAAUGAAUGCUAUAGAUCUUACCUGUGUGCUGUAGUCUUGAAAGGGGGGGGGGGUUGAAUUGAUGUGUAUCUCAGGCUGACCCACCAACAGAAACCCAGAACAUCGAGAGAAUAUAUUCCCUUUGAACUCAAAAAAUUGUGUACAGGAUUCAAAGUAGAUUUAUUUUAUUUUAUCCCUGCUAUCCUCCCAAUAUGCCCUUGAAAAACUGCAGAAAGGAAAGGAAGAGUGAGAGAGAAUAAAACAGGCCCACACAGACACAGAAGCUAGUGUGAAAUUGUUGUUUCCAUGGAAAUGGCAUGCAACGGUAAGCCUAUUAUCAAUUCUCAGGUAUUGACUCUCAUUGGCGAUAUUUAACCUUCACAGAUGAAAAGGCCUCCAUUCAUGCAAAGGAAUUGAUCAAGCCGCCGUGCUCUGGGUGUUACAAUUGAUGUCUUUAUCAUCAGGAGACCGCUGUAACUACAGCCUGUUUGCAAAUGAUUCUCCUCAGCUACUGUCGCAUAGCCUUGCCACCAUUAUCUUUCAAAUAAAUCAUUGAAGUUGUGCAUAUUUUCUUCAUUCACCACUUAUGUGAGUAGAGUAGAGUUCUUGAAAAUGCUUAUAUCCCAAUCCAAUUAAAUAUGCUUUAGGAAGCCUUCAAAAACAACCCUUUAUAUAAUAAUAAUAUAUGCCAUUUAACAGACACUUUUAUCCAAAGUGACUUAGUCAUGCGUGCAUACAUUUUACAUACAGUGCCUUGCGAAAGUAUUUACCCCACCUUGGCAUUUUUCCUAUUUUGUUGCCUUACAACCUGGAAUUAUAAUGGAUUUUUUGGGGGUUUGUAUAAUUUGCUUUACACAACAUGCCUACCACUUUGAAUGUGCAAAAUAUUUUUUUGGGGGAAACAAACAAGAAAUAAGACAAAAAAACAGAAAACUUGAGCGUGCAUAACUAUUCCCUCCCCAAAGUCAAUACUUUGUAGAGCCACCUUUUGCAGAAAUUACUGCUGCAAGUCUCUUGGGGUAUGUCUCUAUAAGCUUGGCACUUCUAGCCACUGGGAUUUUUGCCCAUUCUUCAAGGCAAAACUGCUCCAACUCCUUCAAGUUGGAUGGGUUCUUCUGGUGUACAGCAAUCUUUAAGUCGUGGUCCUCUGUAGCUCAACUGGUAGAGCACGGCGCUUGUAACGCCAAGGUAGUGGGUUCGAUCCCCGGGACCACCCAUACACAAAAAAAAAUGUAUGCACGCAUGACUGUAAGUCGCUUUGGAUAAAAGCGUCUGCUAAAUGGCAUAUUAUUUAUUAUUAUUAUACCACAGAUUCUCAAUUGGAUUGAGGUCUGGGCUUUGACUUGGCCAUUCCAAGACAUUUAAAUGUUUUCCCUUAAACCACUCGAGUGUUGCUUUAGCAGUAUGCUUGGGGUCAUUGUCCUGCUGGAAGUUGAACCUCCGUCCCAGUCUCAAAUCUCUGGAAGACUGAAACAGGUUUCCCUCAAGAAUUUCCCUGUAUUUAGCGCCAUCCAUCAUUCCUUCAAUUCUGACCAGUUUCCCAGUCCCUGCCGAUGAAAAACAUCCCCACAGCAUGAUGCUGCCACCACCAUGCUUCACUGUGGGGAUGGUGUUCUCGGGGUGAUGAGAGGUGUUGGGUUUGCACCAGACAUAAUGUUUUCCUUGAUGGCCAAAAAGCUCAAUUUUAGUCUCAUCUGACCAGAGUACCUUCUUCCAUAUGUUUGGGGAGUCUCCCACAUGCCUUUUGGCGAACACAAAACGUGUUUUUCUUAUUGUUUUCUUAAAGCAAUGGCUUUUUUCUGGCCGCUCUUCCGUAAAGCCCAGCUCUGUGGAGUGUACGGCUUAAAGUGGUCCUAUGGACAGAUACUCCAAUCUCCGCUGUGGAGCUUUGCAGCUCCUUCAGGGUUAUCUUUGGUCUCUUUGUUGCCUCUGAUUAAUGCCCUCCUUACCUGGUCUGUGAGUUUUGGUGGGUGGCCCUCUCUUGGUAGGUUUGUUGUGGUGCCAUAUUCUUUCCAUUUUCUUAUAAUGGAUUUAAUGGUGCUCCGUGGGAUGUUCAAAGUUUCUGAUAUUUUUUUAUAACACAACCGUGAUCUGUACUUCUUCACAACUUUGUCCCUGAUCUGUUUGGAGAGCUCCUUGGUCUUCAUGGUGCUGCUUGCUUGGUGGUGUUGCAGACUCUGGGGCCUUUCAGAGGUGUAUAUAUACUGAGAUCAUGUGACAGAUCAUGUGACACUUAAAUAAAGUCCACCUGUGUGCAAUCUAACUAAUGAUGUGACUUAUGAAGGUAAUUGGUUGCACCAGAUCUUAUUUAGGGGCUUCAUAGCAAAGGGGGUGAAUACAUAUCCACGCACCACUUUCCCGUUAUUUAUUUUUUAGAAUUUUUUGAAACAAGUUUUUUUUUUCAUUUCACUUCACCAAUUUUGACUAUUUUGUGUAUGUCCAUUACAUGAAAUCCAAAUAAAAAUCAAUUUAAAUUACAGGUUGUAAUGCAACAAAAUAGGAAAAACGCUAAAGGGGAUGAAUACUUUUGCAAGGCACUGUAUGGGUGGUUCCUGGAAUCGAAACCACUAGACAAUCCCUUGCACAAACUCUUUUGAAUGAAUGAAGCACCCUUAGUGCACAAAACAUUAGCACAGCCAGAUAUAUUGAAAACAAGGCCUUAAAACUUCCACUGAUACUGAUUUACUCCUGUUUUCUAAUUGGCCAGAGAGUCCACUGGGUCGUGUUCAGGUCACAUCGUAGCAAAACAUUUUGCAAUGGAAAACUAAAAUCUGUGUCCUAAUUGAACAAGUUUAAGGACAACCCUCCCUGUUUCAACUUGCACUUUGCUUUUUUGUAUUUCUUCUUCAGAGUGUUGUCCUGGCAUCAACAUGA